UUUAAUCGCUGCCGCUUUUUUAACAGCUGUUUGUUGACGUCGUUGUUAUUUUUUCCUUUUUAUUGCUGGAGGGGAAAGCGAGCGAUUCGAAACAAUCUAGUGGCGUGAUUGAAAGCAAGAAAUAAUUAACUGGAGGAGGACGGGGGUGGAGGAAGACGAAGAAGGAGGAAAGCUGAGCGCGGCAGAACGAACGGCAGCGGGACACGGUAACUUUGGCCAGAGCGGAGGAGCCGGAGCCCCGGACUGCAGCAGCGGCCGCCGCCGCCUCAGCGCCGUGCCUGCCCUGCGCGAGGGAGAGCCCUGCCGCCUCCCCGGCCGCCGGACAUGUCGGAGCACAAGGCCAUUGAUCCCAAGUUAUCGACGACGGACAGGGUGGUGAAAGCUGUCCCGUUUCCUCCAAGCCACCGGCUCACAGCCAAGGAGGUUUUUGAUAACGAUGGAAAGCCCCGAGUGGAUAUCUUAAAGGCACACCUAAUGAAAGAAGGGAGGCUGGAAGAGAGCGUUGCUUUGAGAAUAGUAACAGAGGGAGCUUCAAUUCUACGCCAGGAAAAAAACUUGCUGGACAUUGAUGCACCGGUCACAGUUUGUGGAGACAUCCAUGGACAAUUCUUUGACUUGAUGAAACUGUUUGAAGUGGGAGGUUCUCCUGCCAACACGCGGUAUCUCUUCCUGGGGGACUAUGUGGACAGAGGGUACUUCAGCAUUGAAUGUGUGCUGUAUCUCUGGGCCUUGAAAAUCCUUUACCCCAAAACACUGUUUUUACUUCGUGGGAAUCAUGAAUGUAGACAUUUAACAGAGUAUUUCACAUUUAAGCAAGAAUGUAAAAUCAAGUAUUCAGAACGAGUGUAUGAUGCCUGCAUGGAUGCCUUUGACUGCCUUCCCCUGGCUGCGCUGAUGAACCAGCAGUUCCUGUGUGUGCACGGUGGCUUGUCUCCAGAGAUCAACACCUUAGAUGACAUCAGAAAAUUAGAUCGAUUCAAGGAACCACCUGCAUAUGGACCCAUGUGUGACAUCCUGUGGUCAGACCCAUUAGAGGACUUUGGAAAUGAGAAGACUCAGGAACACUUUACUCACAACACAGUCCGGGGCUGCUCGUACUUCUACAGUUACCCUGCGGUGUGUGAAUUCCUACAGCACAAUAACUUGUUAUCUAUACUGCGAGCCCACGAAGCCCAGGACGCUGGGUAUCGCAUGUACAGGAAAAGCCAAACAACAGGCUUCCCUUCGCUAAUCACUAUUUUUUCAGCACCAAACUAUCUAGAUGUAUACAAUAACAAAGCUGCAGUAUUGAAAUACGAGAACAACGUUAUGAAUAUCAGACAGUUCAACUGCUCCCCUCAUCCCUACUGGCUUCCAAAUUUCAUGGAUGUGUUUACCUGGUCCUUGCCAUUUGUGGGUGAGAAAGUGACUGAGAUGCUGGUCAACGUGCUGAAUAUCUGCUCCGAUGAUGAAUUAGGGACAGAGGAAGAUGGUUUUGAUGGAGCAACAGCUGCAGCUCGAAAGGAGGUUAUAAGAAACAAGAUAAGAGCAAUAGGAAAAAUGGCUAGAGUUUUCUCAGUGCUAAGAGAAGAGAGUGAAAGCGUGCUGACACUGAAGGGCUUGACUCCAACAGGGAUGCUGCCCAGUGGUGUGCUCUCUGGAGGGAAACAAACACUGCAAAGCGCUACUGUUGAGGCUAUUGAGGCUGAUGAAGCUAUCAAAGGAUUUUCACCCCAACAUAAGAUCACUAGCUUCGAAGAGGCCAAAGGCUUAGAUCGAAUUAAUGAGCGAAUGCCUCCGCGCAGAGAUGUGCCCUCCGAUGCCAACCUUAACUCCAUCAACAAGGCAAUCUCCACAGAGACUAAUGGCACUGACAGCAACGGCAGUAAUAGCAGCAAUAUCCAGUGACCACUGCCAGGGGAGGGGKGUUGAGCUGCAGGGCGCGACGGGGUUGCUGCACGGCAGCAGUUGGAUGUUCUUGCCUCUGAUCCUAGCUUUCUUGCUCUGGGGGCCAGGUGUUGGAUUCCGUUUACAAAAUCAUCUAUGAAGAGAUCGCAACCUUUAUUUUGGUGGGAGGGGGGUGGGGGAUCGACACCUCCUUUGGAUAUGCCUUUAAAAUGCUUGUAGAAAAAUGAAAGCUAAUGCUGGUAUAUAUUGCAAAGUUAGGGGAAUGAACAUGUUUUCCUACUGCAUUGGGAUCUUCUAGAUAUGUUAAUGAAAGGCCUUUUAUUAUGUUACUGGACAUGAAAACUUUGUUUAAUUUCUUACUAACUAUUGUACGUUUACAGUUGCACCACUAAACAUGGACAACAUCAAAACAUUUUUAACAAAGUGUACAAACUAAAUAAGGACUAUUUAUUGAUAAUGUUUUGCUACUCUUGUCAGACAAUGGCUAUGAUAUAAAUUAGGCAGUCUUUAAAAAUAUAGAAAAAAAAGAAAAAAAAAGAAUGUUGGAAAUUUGUUURAAAUGCCAAAAAAAAAAAAGAGAGAGUGAGCGAGAGAGAGAAUUUAAUUUUGUACAGAUUAUGCUUACCUCAGGUUUCUUUAGUGUGCUUCAAUGCCCUUCUUUAAAUAUAACACUUAUCUUACUAAUUUGGCAGCGAUUAUCCUUUUCUUUGUUUAAACAAAAACUGGAAUAAUUAUAACAUUUAUCUUUUUUUGCUGUUUAUAUUUAGGGGGGUUUGGUUUGGGGGGGUUUCUGGGUUUUUUUGGUAAAUCAAGUCUUGGUUGUGGCUUGCUGAAUUUAAAUAUUUAUGAGUGGUGCAUUUUUAAGUAUAGUGAACAAGACACCAUAUUAAGUGCAGUGAAAAGCAUCUAUAUUCUGUAAAAAUCUGCCUAUGCAUGUUUUUUAAGAAACAAAAAUGGCUGUAUAGGCCUGUAUGGGACUGUAAUGCGCUUAGUGGUCUGACUUAUACUGGAAAUGUAUGUAUACUGGCGUACUUUAUAUUCUCUAAAAAAAAUGCUUAAUGCCUUUGAAAUUUUGUAAUCAAAAAAAGCUUUGAAAAAAUCUAAGGGGAGAGUAUUCUUAAAGUUUUUAACAUAAGCUUGUCAGUGCACAUAUAGAUGGGUAGCAUGUUUAGCAAACCUUGUGAAAUUUAAAUAAGUUUGUAGUUACAUGUGGAAUUCUAAAUGCAUGAUAACUGUUAAUGUCAUAAUGGUUUAGUCAUUUUGUUCUGUUCUGUCAUGUGCCACAAAAUGUGUAAUUU